GCGUGUUCUCUCUAUUCUGCAAAAUGAACCGUCUUUCUGUUUUUCAAUUCAGAAAGAAGGUGGAGGAAGAGCUACCAAGCUUUCAGGCACUACUACUGCAUAUAUGAGAGGCUAAUAAGUUUGUUGAAUUUGAAUGUGACAUGGUUAAUUAGUUAGUUUUUGCUUACACCAGAAGCAAAUGCAAAUUCUUGAGGAUCUCACUUAUCUCCCUUAAAAUCUUCUCCAAAUUCUGUAUCUUCAUUUUUCUAAAGACUCAAGAGAAGAUGGGUUUUGGUAAUUCAAGAUCUGUAAGAUUUGAGGAUGAUCUGGAGCUACCAAAUAACAAGAGUGAAAGUAAGAAUGGUAUGAAGGUCAAAUACCACAUUGAUGGAACACAAAUAGGAGAGGCUAGUUCCAACAAAAAGGCAGGGAAUAAGUUCUUGAAGGGUAGAGUUUUAUCAAGAGUGUUCUCAGAGGAUUAUGAGAGAGUUAAAAGAAGAAAAAUAAUCUUAGAUCCUCGCGGCCAAGCGAUCCACAGGUGGAACAAGAUCUUCUUGGUGGCAAGCUUGGUGUCUUUGUUUGUGGACCCUUUGUUCUUCUACUUGCCAGUGGUUCAAGAUGAAGUGUGCAUUGACAUUGGAGUAACACUUGAAGUUGCCCUUACUUUGAUAAGAACAGUUGGUGAUGCCUUCUAUGUCAUUCAGAUUUUCGCCAAGUUUCGCACUGCUUAUGUAGCUCCUUCUUCAAGAGUUUUUGGAAGAGGUGAACUUGUCAUAGACACUUCCAAGAUUGCAGUUAAGUACCUUUUCAAGGGAUUUUGGUUAGACUUUCUUGCUGCCCUGCCUAUUCCUCAGGUGCUAAUUUGGAUUAUUAUCCCAACUCUUAGGGGUUCAACCAUGGCAAACACAAAGAAUGUGCUUCGGUUUUUCAUCAUCUUCCAGUAUGUUCCAAGGCUAUAUUUGAUUUUCCCACUCUCUUCACAAAUUGUUAGUGCUACUGGGGUUGUCACAGAAACAGCAUGGGCUGGUGCUGCUUACAACCUCAUGCUUUACAUGUUGGCAAGCCAUAUUUUAGGAGCUUGCUGGUACCUUCUGUCAAUAGAAAGACAAGAGGCAUGUUGGAGAAAUGUAUGCAAUGUUGAGAAGCCAUUUUGUGAAUAUGCAUUCUUUGACUGCCGCAGGGUUGGAAAUUCCAAAAGAGACUUAUGGUUUCUAGCAAGUAACAUCACAAACCUCUGCUCACCAGAUUCUAACUUCUAUCAGUUUGGUAUAUAUGCUGAUGCUGUCACUUCUCAAGUUACAUCCUCAUCAUUCUUCAACAAGUACUUCUUUUGUCUUUGGUGGGGCCUUAGGAAUCUCAGUUCAUUAGGACAAGGCCUUCUUACUAGCACUUUUGUUGGAGAAAUUAUGGUUGCCAUUGUUGUUGCAACACUUGGAUUGGUUCUUUUUGCAUUACUCAUUGGUAAUAUGCAGACAUACCUGCAAUCAACUACUGUGCGGUUAGAAGAGUGGAGGGUGAAAAGAACAGACACAGAACAAUGGAUGCAUCACAGGCAACUACCACAAGAACUUAGACAAUCUGUGAGAAAAUAUGAUCAAUACAAAUGGAUGGCUACUAGGGGAGUUGAUGAAGAAGCUCUUCUCAAAGGUCUUCCAUUAGAUCUUCGUAGAGACAUCAAGCGCCACCUUUGUCUUGACCUUGUUCGAGGAGUACCAUUGUUUGACCAAAUGGAUGAGAGCAUGCUAGAUGCAAUAUGUGAAAGACUAAAACCAGCAUUAUGCACUGAAGGAACGUACCUAGUAAGAGAAGGGGAUCCAGUGAAUGAAAUGCUGUUCAUAAUAAGAGGGCACCUUGACUCUUACACAACCAAUGGUGGCAGAGCUGGAUUCUUCAACUCUUGCCGUAUUGGGCCUGGUGAUUUCUGUGGGGAGGAGCUUCUAACUUGGGCCUUGGACCCAAGGCCCAGUGUUAUUCUCCCUUCUUCAACAAGAACUGUUAAGGCCUUCUCAGAAGUUGAGGCUUUUGCACUCAUUGCUGAAGAUCUUAAAUUUGUUGCAUCUCAGUUUAGAAGGCUGCAUAGUAAGCAACUUAGGCACAAGUUCAGAUUCUAUUCACACCAAUGGAGAACUUGGGCUGCAUGUUUCAUUCAAGCUGCUUGGAGAAGGCAUAAGAAGAGAAAGGAUCUUGCUGGACUAAGAGCAAAGGAGAAUAAUAAUAAUCAUAAUAAUCAUAUUAAUAAUAAUAAUGAUUAUGUAACAGUUUCUGAGCCUGAGACUCCAACAUCAAGGGCUGUGAUGAUGAGUGGUAGGAAAAGUGUUAGUAGGUCAGAUUCUGGUGUAGUUAGCUCUGUGCAGAAGCCAGCUGAGCCUGACUUUUCGGUUGAUGAAUGACUUGCAUGCAAAUGUCUUUGAUAAGUAUCUUAAAUAGAAAAUAUUGACAAAAAAA